AUGGAAUUCCGACUGCCAAAGCUAUCCGCAGACUCAGACGGCGAUAUUAAGGCAGAUCAUAGCCGUCUGAUCCGCCUCUGGGGGGUUGAACCGUCGCAGUUGCCAUCUUCAGCCUCGCCUCCGAGCGAUCUCCUUCCACUGCUCACGGCCACGUGGACGGAGGCGGUGUAUUUUAUCAGCAAGGUCCAUUUGGAGUCCAAGACCAAGACAUCGCCAUGGCACCCAAUCGGUGUCAAGAGAUUCCCCAAUUCGAAUGCCCCGGUACACUUGUACCAACGAGUCGUGUCGACACCAGAACUCGUUCGCGUUUGCGAAGAGCACAAGAUCAAUGACACAGACGAGAGAGACCUGCAACCAGAAGUAUGGGCUCUGCGGCGCAGCGUCCACCAGAAUACCGCAGCAAAGGGAACAGCCAACUGGAGCGAAUGGGUUCGCUGCUUCAAGGACAACCACGCCAAGGCAGAGAAGGACUUUACCCCCACGGUCUUGAACACGUGUCUGAUGAAGAAGUGGAAAUGCAAAGACAUCAAAAUUCAGCUUGCCGGGCGGACUUGGGUUGAUUGGACCAUGAAAUGGGAGGAAUCUGUCCAUAAGCUUCCUUUCCCGCUGAGCAAGCGCGUCUUCCCUGUUCUACAGGUGACGGCCAUGACGCAUAACAAGCAGGAGUUUAUGGUCGUUCAGAUUGCCGUCAAAGAUCAUGAUGCGACACCCCGGAAUGGCGCUGUUCUGGGCGCCUAUACCAGCGUGGAGAGGUUUCGUCAAACCGACGGUGGCGUUGAAUGGAUUAUGGGCACUGUUUCAGAUGCGAGAGGUUUGUUGCCUCGAUGGAUUCAGAAGAGAGCCGUGCCAGCCCAGAUUGCCAAAGAUGUCGAUAUGUUUUUGGGUUGGAUCGCAGAGGAGAGAAAGAGGGUUCCGGCGACAGAUGAUGCUAUACCGACCCCGGUCAAUGCUUCGGGAGCUGACGCUGGAACUACUUCGCAGGUCGACUCUGCUCAGGACACGAAUAACGCCCCCCCAAGACCAACUGUGACAGACGAGAAACCAGAGGGAGAAUGA